CUAACAUACCGGAUGUUGAUAGACUCUGCAGGAACAGCUGAGAGAGAGAAUAAAAACAGCUGCGACAUUUAGCUCGAAAAGCAAACGAAAAAAGCGCAUAAACAAGAAACGAGUGAGGCUAAUUAUAUGUAAUAUAUAUCCUGAAAACCAACAAACACAGGAAAAGGAGAUUGUAGACAGCUCAAAAUCGACACAAAUACUUGAAAAGAGAGACAGACACUCCGCAAUCUGUUUUUGAUAUCUGGAUUAACGUGUUAUCAACAAACUAUCGGUUGCAGUGGUCACUCCUACCUUACGACAGCAGCAAUGGGUCGGAUUUUCCUCGAUCACAUUGGAGGCACGCGACUCUUUUCCUGUGCAAACUGUGACACCAUCCUGACCAACCGUGCGGAGCUCAUCUCCACGCGCUUCACUGGGGCUACAGGCCGUGCUUUCCUCUUCAACAAGGUGGUGAACCUCCAGUAUAGCGAGGUUCAGGAUCGCGUCAUGCUCACAGGUCGACACAUGGUGCGCGACGUCAGCUGCAAGAACUGCAACAGCAAGCUUGGCUGGAUCUACGAGUUCGCCACAGAGGACAGCCAGCGGUACAAAGAAGGCCGCGUCAUCUUGGAGAGGGCGCUGGUGAGGGAGAGCGAGGGUUUUGAGGAACAUGUCCCCUCUGAAAACUCCUGAAGCCCCGCCCCUUGCCAGGUCCACCCUCCCCCAUUGUCUCAAUGAUGGCUGACAGUGCCAGUGCCCCCGCACCCCCCCAUGGCCCCCACACAUCUCAGUGCCUCAUCUCAAACUCGGAGCAGCACUGCUGACUUCUGCUCCUCCAAGGGAGCAGCCCUUUUGGCUUUGGGUUGGGCAGAUCCCCGACUUGCUAAUCCUGUUAUCUGCCAUUUGGACAGAUACGGGGCGGUGCUUUGAGGUAGGUAUGUAACAAUCAAGCAGAUCUGGCCUCGUCCUCUAGAGGUCACUGCAUAGAUGCAGGAGCCACAAACAUCCUCCAAGCUGGACCGAUAUCCAUUUUCGAUCUUGUGAUGUCAGCGUGCUGUGAUUGUUUAACUAUAUGCGCUUCCUGUCUGUAAGCUGUUGCAAACUGCAUACUACAGUAAAGAGUAUAUAUUUCAAACUGCUUCAGGCAAGUUGGUUUGGGGAGGGGAAGGAUAUUUUCAACGCAUUAGAAUACCAUGUUCUCUGAUAAUGCAGAGAUAGAGAAGCCCUGAAGAUGGCCUACAAAACAUUCAGUCCUCAGUAAGUGCUUUCAGACAUCACAAGUGUGCACGUCUGUAUGUCUUGUCUUGUGUGGUGCUGUGAUGGUGGGUUAUUAAGACAGUAUCUUCUACCUGCAGUGAUCAUCUUUUUCAGGACAUUUUGCUUUGAAGCAGGAGUGAUUCAUAUGUUAUUACUUAUUAUUGUUAACCGUUUCUAUUUGGAUAUGAAUAUUCCUUGUGUUGCGAUUACUUUUCCCUUUUUCUGGGUUUCAUCGCUAGUGAUGGUGUCUGAAUAAAGUUGGUGCUCUUGCUGAAAGUAUCA